GGGUGCCACCCGGGUGGCGGGCUCCAUUGUGCUCAACUUUCGCGAAUGUCGAAAUUUGUUAGUGGAGGAUCGGGGGCGGCGAAGUUGUUGGGCCGAGGAGAGUGUGCGGCGCGAGUUCGGGUUAAGUAUAAUGCUUUUAGUACCUCUAUUAUUCUUAUACGUAAACAGGAGUCCAACGUUAAGAUCGAUAAUUCUAAUAACAUUUAAUAGUGGUCUUUGUGACAACGCAUCAAGAUUAUAAAAUGUGUAUUUACUGGAAGCACACUUAUGGGGGUGGUUAUUUUCUGUGCGAUGGGUGCUUAUUAAAAUUAAUUUCGCUCAGCUAAACGACUUGGAAGGGAUUUGAAGGAUGGCGAAGAGGAAGAGUAGGGGGAGGAACGAGGAGGAGAUGUGACUGCGAUUAACGGAUUUGCUCACUCAGACGCUCAAAAAUGAAACUGGACAUCUGUAAGAAGAUGGACGAUUUACAGGAGAAAAUGGACGUCUCCGGCGAGAAGGAACUGUUUUUUCAAGUGUGCUCAAGCGAUAAGGAGAAGAAGGGGGAGAAGGUGUUCGAUGUGUUGCAGAAUGUGCCUGUUAUUGCUCAAAAUUCCGAAUUUUUGCCGGACGUUCAAAGUUGUAUCGAGAUUGACUCGAGCAGUGUCAUCAGUAUACCGGAGAACCAGAUUGUGAAGAUACAGUACCAUGGGGAGGACGGAGUGGUCAACACGGAGUACAUCGUCAACGAAGAAAUCCUCCAGGUCCACCUCACCAACCAAAACCUGGAAGCCAAUUACCUCGACAUUAACGAAGACCAAAUAAUUUAUAAUCCCUCGAAUGCCACGACAUACGAUGACCCCACGAAAACGAUCGAAUUGACCUCCAAGGAAGCAAGUCCAGACGAACUCAACACGAACAUUCAAACGACGUCGAUCCUCAGCCCCAAAAGCGAAGGAGAGGAAAUGCCCGAGACCGACCUGACGAGCCUCAACUGGCUGCACAACAUCACGAACAUCAUGGCCGUCCCCAACCUGCCCACCCCUCCCGUCUCCCCCAAACCCAAGAAAAAAUCCAACUCCAACCAAGAGGACCUCACCAUCAACAUCAACUACUACAAGAAGAACGGCGACAAGAAGCCGCCGUUCUCUUACGCCACCCUCAUUUGCAUGGCCAUGGGCAAGAACGGGAACAAGAUGACGCUGUCGGCGAUCUACCACUGGAUUAGGGAGAAUUUUUUGUACUAUAGGAAGGCGCAUCCCAGUUGGCAGAAUUCGAUCCGACACAAUCUCUCUUUGAACAAAUGCUUCGUCAAGGUGGCGCGCUCCAAGGACGAGCCCGGCAAGGGCGGGUUCUGGAAGCUGGACCUCGAGCGGCUGGAGGAGUCCCGGCGCUCCAAGCGCCGGUCGAGUUUGACCGUGCGCGUGCCGCGCAACCGGGACGCCCCCCACAAGCCCGUGCGCAAGGCCCGCAGGUACAGGCCGCCCCAGAGCACCGGCGAGCGCAAGCACAACAUCCUGUCCAACAUAUCCAUCUGCGGCGAGACCGACGUCGAGAACUGCGACGACGACGACGACAAGGAGAAGGGCAAGCCCGACGACAAGGAGGUCCAGGUGCCCAGCCAGAACGUGAUAACCGAGCCGGUCAACCAGCUGCUCCCCGAGGACGAGCUGACCGGCUUGCUGCUGGCCACCAACGGCUGGGACGAGUGCCAGCUCGAGCUGCUCGACUCGUUGCUCGAUUCUUUGUAAUCUUCAUGUUUUUACACAGAGUGGUUUGUGCCUUCUUGUGUAGCACUGUGUGAAUUAGGUUGUCGUUAGGCGACUUUGUGUUAACUUUUGUACAGUUGCUCGAAACUCUUCCGUCCAUUAUCUGAGAUAGUCUUAGAGGAUAAAUAUUUUAAUAUAUUGUAUUGUUAAGAGUGAAGCGAGUCCGUCCUGCUCGGACGCGGGCGGCUGCCGGCCCCGGCGUGCUUCAAUGUUAAUAAUGGCCGGGGGCGGACACCGCCCGCGAACCGACGCCUGUUUGUAUCAUACACUAGAUUUAUAAUUAUUGGUUCUUUUUCGGUGAUCCUAGAGUUAAGUUCUGGGUCUAGUCUUAGUUGAGAUCUCUACUUUACCGAACGGUAUUUUUUGUAUUUAAAGUGAAAAUAGGUUGUAAUAGAUUUUUGAACAAACUGUAAAAAUGUAUUCUAGUCUUUUGCAAUAUUUGUAAUUUUACACAGUUUGCUCAAAUGUGCUAAACAAUGAUUGUAUUCUGACCUUCAA